AUGCACAUGGUUUCCUCUUGUGCUGUUUUUGGUUACUUUGCAGAAAUGGCUAGCUGUGCACGACAUCAACAACUCGGGAGUCGCCCCAAUUUUCUGUGGUAUUCUUUUCCUAGGACUGUUGGGCCGGAGAUAUACGCAAGACGGAACGCAAAACUUGACUGGAUGAAGCAACAAAAAGUUCAUGUUCCUGAGCAUUUCUCCACACUACUUUAUAAGAGGGAAAAUAUCAUUGUUGAUCAUGGGAUGGGUGCUUUUUCUAUUCCCGACGAUACUCCAUCAGGUCGAGUCCCGAGGUGGGUAAGACAAAGAAGGGAUCCUGAAGAAGAUGAACCAGCAGUUGCACCAACCGAUGAGGAGCUGCCCAUGGAUCCCUAUAGAAUUUCAAGGAGGAGGUUUGAUGAUAACUUGGAAAGGAGUGCCAACUACACCAACAUGAGCCUAGACCAUCUUAUAGAGAAAAUGCAUGUAACCCGGCCCGCUCAUGUUCCUCCGGCUUACCCAUACAUGUCGAGUUGGGAGGAAUUAUGGAGAGAGCAACGUGGUGGAGCGGGCGGUAGUGGAGGAGGAGGUGAUGAUGGAGAUGAUGAAGAAUAA